GUUUGUCACUAUGGUGAUCUUCACGACAUCAGUUCAGCAUGCUGCAAUUGGCAAUGCACAGGUGGGAGGAGCAGGAGACGCCGGGACUUAAAACAAGGCAGAACCGAGGAGCAAAAUAAAGCUACAAAGUCCACGCAUAAUUACUACUGACCGACCAUGGCUGAGUACAAACUAGAAGUGACAACAGGUGACAUGAUUAACGCAGGAACUUUUGACCACAUUUUCGUCACUUUAAUUGGAACCGGAGGGAAGAGUGAGCGGACGGAGCUGGACAACGAAGGUGUGGAUUUUCAAACCGGGAUGACGGGGAUGUACACGCUGAAAACCAGUUCGUCUCUCGGGAAACUUCUGCUCGUCAGGCUGGAGAAAGAUCCUCUGUUUGUUCUCCCAGAGGAUGAGUGGUACUGCUCCAAAAUAAGGGUGACGACUCCAGACGGAGAGGUCCUUCUUUUCCCCUGUUACAGGUGGAUCUCCAGGGGAAAGCAGGAGGAGCUGAGAGGAGGGAGAGCCACGAAAGCUUUUGAGGACGACCAUCCCGUGUUGACUGACCAUCGGCAGAAAGAGCUGAUAGAUAAGAGGAGCCUGUAUCAAUGGGCAAUUACUGAUCCAAAGCUCCCACACUCCAGCGAUUUCAAACACGUAUCUGAGCUCCCGGCAGAGAUCGCCUUCUCCAUGUCCAAAUUAAUGGAAAUGCUUUACGCAAAAAGAACAUCUGGUGCUGAACUCAUGUUUAAAGGGCUGCUUGGCUCCACCGAACAAUGGGAGAAAACUGAGGACAUCAAAAAAAUCUUCUGGUUCAAAGAGACAACAAUGUCAGUGUAUGUUAUAGAACACUGGAAGGACGACGACUUUUAUGGAUUCCAGUUUCUGAACGCAACAAACCCCAACGUGAUCAAGCGCUGCUCAAAGCUUCCCCCAAACUUCCCAGUCACAGAGGAGAUGGUGAAGCCGUCCCUGGCAGAGGGAAGCUCUCUGCAGAUGGAAAUAAUGAACGGAAAUGUAUUCCUCUGCGACUUCAAGAUGAUGGAUGGAUUGCCCACUAAGGUGCAUGAUGGUCAGACUCUGCAUGUGACUGCCGGUCUCUGUUUGUUCUACAUGAACCCAGAAAACAAACUGAAGCCAAUUGCGAUACAGCUGCAUCAACAACCCUCCGAGAAGAACCCCAUCUUUCUGCCUAGUGACUCGGAGAUGGACUGGCUGCUCGCCAAGAUGUUCAUUAAAAAUGUUGAUCUGAUGCUGCAUCAGUCCGUCUAUCACUUCAUGAGAGCUCACCUUUUGGCAGAGGUCUUUACCGUCGCCACUCUCCGCAGCCUCCCUGUCAUUCACCCCCUCUACAAGCUGUUGAUCCCUCAUGUGCGUCACACUCUCCAAAUAAAUACCAUGGCCCGCCAAUCUGUUCUUGGACCUGAUGGGAUUUUACACACAAGUUCACUCGGAUGGGACGGGAUGAUGGAGCUCAUGAGAAGGUCUCUCUCUGAACUGACCUACAGCUCCCUCUGUCUGCCAGAGAACAUCGCUGCACGAGGACUGGAGUCCAUCCCCAACUUCUACUACAGAGACGAUGGCCUGAAGCUGUGGAACAUCAUCAGCAGCUUUGUGAAGGCAAUAGUGAGGCACUAUUACUCCUCGGACAGCGAUGUCCAAAAGGACACGGAGCUGCAGGCCUGGAUCAGUGAGAUAUUCACACACGGCUUCUUAGAAAACAAAGCCUCAGGGUUUCCAGCGAGCUUUAAUACCGUGGAGGAAGUGACCAAGUUCGUCACCAUGGUGAUCUUCACAGUGUCAGCUCAGCACGCUGCAGUCAAUAACGGACAGUUUGAUUUCAACUCCUGGGUGCCAAACGGCUCGCUCCUGCUGCGCAAACCUCCUCCAACCACCAACGGCCAGUCAAGCAUGGAGACAGUUUUCGAGACCCUCCCAAAUGUUGGAGAGACGGUCAAGUUUGCAGCAAUGUCGUGGGUACUUUCAGAAGAGUACACAGACGUGGUUCUCUUGGGUACCUACCCUGACGAGAGAUUUGACGAGCCUGCCCCUAAGCAGAUGAUCAAGGACUUUCAAGCCGAGCUGUCCUGCCUCAGUGAAGCAAUUACAAAAAGAAACUCUGAGCUCGAAGUACCCUACACAUAUCUGAACCCUGACCAGAUAGAGAACAGUGUAACUAUUUAACUAACUCCAAUAAGCCAUGUUAGCUUUCGGCAUUAUUAAAGAUACCCAUCCAUUGUCUUAA